CCCAGUGUAGAAACAGAGAGAACGAGAGAAGGAUGGUCGAAAGAGAAGAUCAGAGGAGCCAACUUGACCCUUCAUCUCCCUGACCCCUGACCCCUCAGAAGAGUAGAGAAAACAGAAAGAGAGAAGGAGAGAAAGACAGAGAAGGAGAUAGAGGGGGGCAGAGGGGACAGGAUCAUCCCCUAAACCCUCAACAGGACCUCAGGAGUAAUGUCCCGCCGGAGCUCCGCGGGUGAGCUGGUGCCCAGGGACAUCUCUGAGAUCCUAUUCCAGGAACGGAAGGCCCAACGUGGGCAGAGGAAGACCGGAGGGUCCCUGGGUCAGGCCUUCUGUUGGUUGAAGGGAAACAAGGGGAAGAGGAACGUCAGCAGCAGACAGAACCGGAUGGGGAGUCGGAUCGGGGCUACAGAGGGAAACGGAACCAAACACAGACAACACCAAAACCACGAUUCACCUAAAGCUGGUCCUAAGGGUCAGGAUGAGCAGAAGAGAUUGAAAGUUCACUACACAGCCUCCUCACACUACCAGGAGAAUGUGUUCAUCGAGGGCAGCCGUCCUCAGUACCUGGAAGACCUACACACUGAGGCACGGGAGGGGUUAAAGAUCCUACAACAAGAGGAACACAACAAAGGAGAGGACUUUCAGGAUGACCAUAGUAAUGCAUCCAAUCCCCCUUUCCAGGCGGAUCAGGACGUAAGCUCCAACCACAGGGAUGGAUCUCAGGAGUCAGGAAGCACCGCCGGGAAUUCUGUUACCGCAGCGACCUCUGCUGGAUCAGCCGUGUCCACGAGACCUGUGCUCACACGCCAAGGCUCCACGUUCAAGCCUCUGAACCCAGUGAAGAGACAAGACAAGAGGAAGAACAGGAGCAGGAGGACUACAGUCAUGGGCAUACCCCAGCAGAUCCAGAGAGAGCUGGCCCUUCACAGUGGAUCAGUGUACCAAGUUCCUUCCCAGCUCCCUAACGGCUCUGGAGGACAGGGUAGUGACGGCCAACCAGGUGUGGUCGUCAUCCCCACCAUCGAUGGAGAGACCCCUCUAGCCAACCACGAAGGGGCAAGGGUACACCUCUCAGAUCUGGAGGCAUCCAGAGAGGAGCAGCUAUUGAGACACCACCUCCAGUCUGUGUACAGGGACGACCAGGGCUUCAGCCACCACAGGGGACUGAAUUCUUGUCUCUCCUCCACCCAAAGGCCCAAGUCUCUGUCCGUGCUGGGCAUGACCUCCUCCUGCUCCGCUGGAUUCCCCAGCUUCCUCCAGGAGCCACAGGGUCCAGUGAUGUCAAUCUCUCCCCAGGCCACCUACCUGUCUAAGAUCAUCCCCAACGCCUACCUGUCGGCCUCCGUUGACGUCAUACAGAUCGACCGCAGCACAAGCCGUACCCGUGGAAACAACGGUAACGGAACGGUCCGUACCGUCAGCCUGGCGUCCGGGUCGUCAGCCAGCCCCGCGUCAUCGAGGAGGUCGGACGGCAACGGUUGCUAUGAAGGCGGCGACAGCGUUUCCCAUGGUGACAGUAGUUCCCGUGACAUUGGCUCUAAGGCAACUCCACACUCAGUGACUUCGAGAUCCAGCUGGAGCCACUCGCAGUCUUCCGAGACAAUUAAGUCCAACUCCUCCGCAAUCUCCUCCACGAAGGGGAGCUUCAGACCUGCUAACCCACAGACAGUGAGCCUCGUUGGGCAGGAGAGACGGCCGCAGCAGCCUGCUGCUGAGGAUCAGGACUUGGUGAGCCUACAAAGCUCGGCUAACUGGGUCAGCAGCACCAGUAGGGGUACUAGUGCUGCGACUGCUCAGGGGGGAUCUGAGUCGGGUCUAUCUGGGAUUCUGAGUGCUGGGGAGAUGAGCGAUGUUGGAGGAGACUCUCACAGAUUCUCUCGCUGUCUGUCGGUCAUGAAGACCAAGCUGCCCCCAGCUCCCCCCAGGAGAACCAACUCACUGCACCAUGAGAAGAUGAUGAAGAGGCGACCCAGGGAACUGGUGGAGAUUAAAGACCUCCGUGACUCUGUGGGUGGGGAGGUGGAGGCUGCUGAGGACACAAGCUUGGUUACGAUCGAGAUCUCUAAAGAGCUAUACAAAGAAAUCACAAAGAGCUCUGUCCCUGUAUCCAACUCAUCUGGGUUUAACUCUUUAGAUGAUACAAGAUCUUCCACAGCCUCUAGUCCUUUGAGUCCCACACAGGCCUCCUCUGGAGGUAGUGGAAAACCAGAGAGGCCAGGGUCCAGCAGCUCUUCCCCACAGAAGGCCCCCUCAGAGGAGGGUACAUUUGAAAGGACCAUGUCCCCCUCCAGUGGGUACUCCAGCCAGAGCGGUACGCCGAAGCUCUCCCCCAAGGGCAUCUGCCCUUCCGCCUCCCCAGGUAAACAGAAGAAGAAUCAGGUCAAACCAGAACGAUCUGGUUCAAGAGCUUCCUUCUCUGCAGCCUCGGUCUCCUCUUCCCUCACCUCCCUGUCUUCAGCCACCUCAGAACUCGUCAAUCAAGAGGCCUCGAAAAACAGCCCUAGCCCUCUUCAGCAGGCCUCCCCACCCCCGGCUGUUAUGAGAACAGAACAUCAAGAAACGGCGACCCUGGUCCGUUUCUCUGCAUCCAUGGCGAUCAGUGAGCUGCUUAACAUUCCGCCACCCCCCAACGUCAAAGCCCCUUCCCCGCCACCCCCGGAGACCUGGGCCCACAACAGAUGCACCUUCGAACUGCUGUGCGGGCCUUGCCCCAACGUCACCAGGCUAGCACAGCUCCAGAAGCAACAGGAACUAAAAGAAAAAGCUGUUAUCAUUGAGCAAAAGCAGGAAACUCAAACUGAAGCUAGCAAGGAGUCUCAAGGCUCGGACGAAAAGCAAGCUACGGUAGAGGAAGUCACUUUGACAAAAUCACAAAGCAAAUACAUUGUUCCCCAAGACAAGACUGAGCCUGUGUUAGAGCAGGCGCCUGAGGUAUCCGAGUGUGUUAGUCAGGGACUCAAGGGCACAGAAAGUCAAACAAAAGAACAAGGAAGUCCUGCGGUGAUCGCAGAGAGGGUAAAAGCAAGUGUAGAGAUCCAGAACCAGGAGCAGAGUAGUAGUAGUGGUGGUAGUAGUAGUAGUAGUAGUGGUGGCGGUAGUAGUAGUAGUAGUGUUGCACAGGUCAAGGAUCAAGAAGAGAGGCUAGAGACACAAGUUAGUUUAGCGACGAUUCCAAAGAAGGAACCCCCUUCUGUCAUGAAAAAAAGUCCUCCUAGAAAAGAACCUAAAGUUCAACUAACAGCAGACAUUCAACAAAAGUCGCCAUUUGAUGAGGUCACAGUAGAGGUGAAGGUAGAAUCACCCAGUGAGAGUGAGAAGUGUUCUCCACAGGCUGAGGUAAUUGCUAAGGAAGUUGAGGUAGUAGCUAAGGAAGUUGAGGUAGUAGCUAAGGAGGUCGAAGGUCAGAGUGCUACUGAAAACACUACAGAGGAAAGUCCCACCAAACCAGAGGCAUCUACACAGACCCUUGCCUUGGAGCCUCACAAAGUGGACAGGGUCUCUCCUCCAGCCUCCCCUCCCCCUGCCCACCACCCUCCUCCUCCCCCGUCUAAGACACCUCCCUCCUCUGUGUCCACUCCCCCACCUGAGGUAGAGGAGGAGGGUGAGGAAGAGAUUCCCAUAGUAGAGUCCUGCUGGCCCCCUCCACCUCCACCAGAGGAGCCAGCAGAUUCAGUCUUUGAUGAGCCAGAUGAGAUGGACUUUCCACCUCCACCUCCUCCCUUCGUGACGGAGAGCUUGCCAGAUGUGGUGGAGAGCUGUAACACAGUCGCUGAUGUCCAGGAGGUGUCCAUUGUGGCUCUGGAUGGGGAGGAGGUUAAGGAAACCGUGAAUGGAGCAACUGUAGCUGGUGCAACUGUGAAUGGGGAAACUGCAGAUCUGUCACCCAUUCCCGCUCAAAUGGGGACAAAAGAGGAUAGACCUGAAAAGGUGAUUCUGGACUUUAACGCUGUCCCAACUGAUGAAACCAGCUUUGAGGUAUCUGAAUCAGCUGAGCUCCAAUCAAUUCCAGCAGAUGAUUCAACCGUCGUUUCUCCAGUUCAGCCCAAUGAAAAAGAGGCAGAGGUCAAGCAAUCUGCCCAGAAACCAAUCACAAUGCAAGAAGCCACCCCUCAACCAACAGAAACUUCUCCUCAGUCACAGGAAGUCCCGCCCUUACCAGAGGAUGUCCCUCCCCCACCCCAGGAAGCUCCUCCUCCUCCACCAAUGACAACAGCCUUGGUGCCCCCCUCAAGUAUCCCUCCUCCACCUCCUAUCAAUGUCCCCCUCCCUCCCCCUGUGCAAUUUGAGGAUCAGACGCCCUCCGAGCCCCCUGAAAGUGCCCCACUUCCACCACCCAUUAACAUCCCUCUCCCACCCCCUCUCCCGACUGAGAACCAACCCCCUGUGAUCUUCAGGAGACAGCCCAGCUUGGCGAACAGAGAGACCAGGAGCAAAGAGCUUCUGUCUAGGCACAAGAGUGCCCCCAUUCCCAAAGAAGACGCCAACAUUCCGCUGGUCACCCCGUCUCUGCUUCAGAUGGUACGUCUCAGAUCGGUCAAUGUUGGUGAAGACCAGGUGAAAGCACUUUCUGACAACAACAAUUCCAACAAUGGAAAACCACCUGCUCAGGAUCAAAGUUCAACCCAAAUCCAAACCCAAGGAUCUCAGAACACAACACCCCAAAAACCAAUCCGGAAAUCCCUGUCACUAAAAUCCACACCUACGCCAUUGAAGUCAUCACCAGCGAUGCUCAUCGCCCCCUCGAUGCGCUUGCAGGAAGCUAUCCGAAUGAAGACAGCGGCCAUGUCUUCCAGAGAUAGUCUUCCAACGCGCUUUAGAAUGCCAUCCUCCACCUCAUUUCCCAGUUGCAGUGGGGGUGAAUCAGGAAUGUUAUCCCCAUUGUCACCAGAAGGUGGCGACACGCUAAAGUCCCCCGCCACCACCGCUAGCUUCAUCUUCUCCAGGAGCUCAAAGAAGGUUGUCAUAGAAAUGCCUGCCUCUUCCUCCCCCGAGGUACAGGCGAGCCUAAAGCAGAGCCUAGCCGCGGAACUCAAGCAUGUUUCCGACCAAUCAAAGGCUUCCACAGUCGCUAACGGCAACGUUGGAAGAACUGGGAUUCCGAGGAGAAUUCCGCCAGCCGUGGCUAAGAAACCAGCUCACACAACCACCUUGGAGAAGCCUGUGUGUUCUACACCUGGGAGCUCUCUGAGUGAGAGGAGCACUCCAUCUCCAAGGGGAACAGAAGCUAAGGUAGAGACAGAAACAGCGCAACCUGCGGGCCAGCAAGCACUGACAGACGACAGCGAGUAAGAACACCAGCACUACACCUAGAAUAGGUAAAAUGGAGACGUCUGACAUUGAAGAAGCACCAUCGCGCUUGUGAAAAAAUACUGGAUUCUUGUGGAAUGGGACGAACAAAGCAAGGACUGCAAGAACCUGAGAGACAUGGGGGGAGAGAGAGAGAGAGAGAGAGAGAGAGAGAGAGAGAGAGAGAGAGAGAGAGAG